CGCUAAAUGUUUGAUUUUUGAAAUUCAGUUGAACGUGUCUUAUAUUCACGGCUAUUACUUGCCGGUUAAAGUGAUGCUUUUAGUCAUAAGUGCGUGCUAAUUGAGCGUUGCUGCGUCCUAAGCGCACUAUCGAAACGAAGUCUUCCACUAGAAAUUAAAGUUUCAAGAGAGUUUAUAGUGUAAUAAUUGAGUUUGUCAGCUGAUCGGCGAUAUGGCCUUGCGGUGCAAAGUAAUUUUACAAUCGAUGAAGCGGGGAGCAGUUACAUCACCCUCCGUCUGUUGUUCGACAACCACCCAUCCGAGGAAUUCCCAAUGGGCCACAUUUACCAACUCGGCUCACCCCACAGUGACGACCUCGAAAGGAACAUCUAACCCAUCCUCGAACAUAGUCCCAAGAACAUCUGGCGCUGGUUACUCCUGCUACGUUCCAGCCAGGCAUAUAUCCCAAAGCUCCACAAGAAUGGCCCCAGGAACCACUACAAAACCGAAAUUGGUGGCCGUAGAGGAAUCGCGAAGAUUCAUGAUCGAUUGCUUCACUGCCGCUAAUACUCCCAAGGAAAAUGCAGUAGCCAUGGCUGACCUUCUUAUCGCCGCUGACCAACGAGGCCACUUUAGUCAUGGAAUGAAUCGUCUGGAAAUGUACAUCAACGACCUUUUGAAGAAUUCAACUGACGGAUAUGCAGUGCCUAAGAUACUCAAGGAAACUCCCGCUACAGCCUGGGUUGAUGGAUUGAACGGAUUAGGUGCAGUUGUAGGAAACUUUUGCAUGGAUCUAGCCAUCCAGAAGGCGAAACAAGUGGGUGUUGGUUGGGUGUGUGCAAAAGGCUCGAACCAUUACGGCAUAGCUGGAUGGUAUUCUCUGCAAGCGAUGAAAGAAGGACUAAUCGGAAUUUCAAUGACAAACACAUCUCCAUUAAUGGCUCCGACUCGCAGCAAAGAAGCCGCAUUAGGAACAAACCCCAUUGCUGUUGGUGCACCUGCUGAGACCGAAGGCUUCCUGCUCGAUAUGGCUACCACCGCGGUGGCUGUUGGUAAAAUUGAAAUUCAACGUCGCAAAGGAGAACCUCUUCCACACGGCUGGGCACAAGAUCCAGAGGGAAAUGAAACCACAGAUCCAGAAUUAGCAUUCAAAACUGGCUGUCUGUGUCCAUUAGGCGGUAGUGAAAUCACAUCUGGAUAUAAGGGUUAUGGCCUGGGAGCUGUUGUUGAUAUUCUGUCUGGUGUACUGGCAGGAGCUAACUAUUCAACGAAAGUUCGAAAAUGGACCCAUGCCGGCGCUGAUACACAUGCCGACUUAGGCCAAGUGUUUAUUGCAGUGAAUCCUGAUUGUUUCGCUCCUGGUUUUGAGGGUCGUUUGGAAGAUUUGCAUGCCCGGUUACAUGGUUUGGCACCGACUGAUCCUAAGAAACCUGUGUUGAUUCCGGGAGAAAAAGAACGUCUGAAUAUAGAAGCUGUGAAAAAGGCAGGUGGUAUCCAAUAUUUAGAAAAUCAAUUGAAUACCUGUGCAUCGUUAGCAGAAAGAUUGAAAAUCCAGCCGAUGAGGUUCCUGUAAUAAAUCCUACAACCGUUGUGAUCAGUGCGCAUUUGUUUAAGUAAAGUGCAUUUAAACCAUUAAAUAUACAUAUUUGUUGAUUUUUUCUAAGAUGUUGUUAUCGCUAUUGUUGAACGGAAAUACACAAGUUUUGCCUUAAUCUCAUCUCAAUGAGAUAUUUUGUAUGUAAUUCUCGCAAUCUUAGAUGAGAAAAUGUAUUGUUUCUAUAAUACAUUACUCGGAUAAGCUAUAGUAAUUCUACUGGAGCGAGCACUAUAGUUUUAUGUGACGUGACUAAUAAUAUCUAUUCGAAAAACUACGAAACAAUACACUUUAUGAUACAUUAAGCCGGUCUAAUACCAUAUUUUAUGUGUUACAUUUCUAUCAAGAAAUGUAUUGCUCUCUGAUAAGAAUGUGUACUCACUUAUUGACAAUAAAGCUGUUGUACAAUAAAAUA